AUGUUUGCCUCACGCCUUCUCGGCGCCUUUGCCGCUUUCAGCUAUGCCCACGCUGCUGCCAGCGCCGAUGGAGCUCAACUCUUCAUCCACAACAUGGAUCCCAACGCCGAAUGGGCCGCAUCGAUCCAGAACGCGUGCUCCGGCACGACGACCUACGUAGUUUCCUGCACCGGUUCUCCCAAUGGUGCUUGCUAUCCAGCGGUAAUGGCUCCCACAGGCUAACAGCACGGCGCACUCACUGAUUCCAAACAUCCCAGACGGCCACCAUCACCGAAGCCCCUAAUGUCUACAUCGUCACCACCCCAGCCAUCUACUCCGAGACCAGUGCCACAUUCACCGAGACUUGCUCUCUGAACACUGCUUCCUCUUCCGCCGACUGCACGGCGACCAUCGUCGCCGGCCAGUACGGCCAUGACAUCGCCACCACCAUCAGCUACAAUCUGUACGUGUCCGGCCUUCUUCACGCUCUGCUGGAUACGGGGGGCUAACAUGUCGAUAGCACGGGAACGGACUACUACCAAUACGACGUUGCCGUCACCGGUGGAGCCAAACACACCGCCAACGGAGGCUCAUGUCUCGCCGCGUCCAGCGGCGCCACCUCAGCGAGACUUGGUUCUGGAACGCAAAGCGUCGUGGUCAUCGGCACCGCGAUGCUGGCUGGUCUGCUUGCUGUUCUCGCCUUAUAA